UCCGCAGCCACGAGUCGACAGUAUCCCGAAAAUGAAAAAGAAAUUCCAGCUCGGGAAAAAAUCCUUCCCAAGACGCCUGCUCAAACUUUCACUCUAUCACCACCCCCUUUUUUUUUUUACUUUUUUUUUCAAGAUUUCCGUUAUGACGAGAAAUCAAAGCAACCAUAAAUAUAUAGAUCGAAACAUAAACAUCACGAUGAUCGAUUUUUGGUAAAGGUGAUGACUGCCUUUGAUGUUCAAUCCGUGCUUCAUUGAACAGCAAACUCUAGUAUCCUUUAAUCUCACACACCGCCAAUGUUGCCCCAACCGUUCCUUUUACGUUUACCUGAUUCAUCGAUAUGUCGACAAUUUCAACCGUGGAAAAAAAUUAGGCGCGAAAUGUAACGGUCGGAAAGAACGGUUUGCGCAUGUUCGGAGCUACUGAGCAGGCGACAUUCGAGCGGUGUGCAGCAAUCAAUGAUCACUCGACCCCUUCAAUAGAGCCAUUUGAUGUCCACAGUGUCUCAAGGUGGGUUGAAAAUAUCAGAGAGGGAGACCCCAAACAUGUCAGCAGAUGCAUCCUCCACUGCCCGUUCCGCCACUUGGCGUGAACGAGAAAUAUUAGAUCUUUUGGACUUGUGGGGCGAGGAUAAGGUUCAGGAGGCCUUGCGCAGGUCGCAUAGAAAUAUUGACUGCUAUCAUAAGAUUGCCUCACAAAUGGCUGUACGUGGACACAACAGAUCCGCUCAGGAGUGCCGCAACAAAACCAAGAGCAUGCGCUUGGAGUAUAAAAGGGUCGUGGCUCAUAAUGGCACAUCGGGUAAUUCCCCAACAACAUGCGCUUACUACAGGGAGUUGCACAGCAUCCUGCGUGGGGACGCAAGCGUUAAGCCAAAGCGCAUAGCUCGAAGCUUGAACAUUGCGGUUAAGGAGCUUCCAAGUCGCCCAGAGUUGAUCCCAUCAGACGGUUCAGAAGAACUCUUCUCUCAUGACCUUGUAACCGUGGACUACGAUCACAUACGAAGCUCCACACCUGCUCCAAGAGUUCAAUCCUCCGUGUCCACAGAAGAGGGAACCGACUGUGACCUGGACAGCACAGUUGAUGGACUGGCAGACAAAGAAAACAUGGCGCCUUGCAACGAUGCACAGGAAGAUUGGAUUGGUGUGCGGGGGUCCCCUACCUCGCCCAAGGAAUCAACAAUUGAACGCGCAGGAUCUCCAGCAUUAGAACCAGCAGAGCUCUCACCAGGAACACGUCUUUCAAAAAUCAGAAACAGAAAACGAAAAAAUGCCGCUCUUUAUGGUGUGGCGGACCAAAUGCUCAGCCAAAACAGGACUUUGCACCGAGAGCAGCUUAAGGAAUGGAGAGCAGAAAGACAGGAAAAUAUGAGGUGGUUGGAGGAGGAUAAGCGGGUACAAAUGGAUUUUCUGGAGGAAGCAAGGAGGGAAAGGAAUGAUUUGAGGGAGGCAUGGAGGGAAAACCUUGAUAUAAUGAGGGCUGCAGUCGGCACACUGCAAACGCUUGGGGAAUUGAUGGUUCAGCAAAAGCAGACGGUCAAUCCCUCUGACAUGGCACUCAGAAUUCCUGAAUCACAGCCAUCAAUUGUCAGAGCAGCCGGUGCUAAGCGUUCCUGUGUGGGAAAGGCCCGGGAGAGGUUGACGUUGUAGAAUUGUUUACAGAGCCCUCUUUCAUGUUAUGUUGUGUGUUGUGUUAACCAUCCACUGUCAGGGAAAGCAUUUCUAACAGUUAGUAUCAAGUGAUUGCCCAUGUCUGAAUAAUAGCGAUGAGUGAUGCAAAUCUAUUAGACAAGAUUGCGGUCAAUGCCCCUGAUCAACAACCACUGUUGGCAGUUUCAGCCUUGACAUUCCACCCAAAGCCCAAUGAUCACUUAUGUGGCGAACUAAGAACUCAGCAUUGUUGGUUAAACCCAAAAUAAAGUGUUUGUAUGUUGCAAA